UGGUUAUGUAGGAAAAUGACAGCGGACGGAGUAGGACAUUUAAAAGUCUUUAAAGUGGAUUUGUAAAGGAUCCAGAGAUGUCUCGUCUUGCUGAUUAUUUUGUCGUAGUUGGUUACGACCAUGAAAAAGAACAGAGCGGAUCACCUCAUGGCUGCGGGAAAAUACUCCAGCGAUUCCCUGAGAAAGAUUGGGAGGAUGUUCCCUUCAUACAAGGGAUUGAUCUGUUUUGCCAACCUGGUGGCUGGAAGCUCCUAUCCAAGGCCCUGGAACCGACGUUCUUCAUUGCCGUCCUAACAGACAUCGAGGCGGAACGUCACUACUGCGCCGUCCUUACCUUCUCUGAAGCUGUCAAGAUGACACCGACUAGACCCGACGAUGUUGAGGAGGAAUUAGAGGGCGCCCUCGUACAUCACACGAUGAUGUUUGCGCCAAAGAGUCUAGUGAUUAUCUCCAGAUUGAGCUACUUUGAAACAUUGAAGAAUUGUCUUGGUCUGAUCUACACGUCGUACAUAGACUCGCUAGAAGUCCCUCUGGAAACGCUGGUAGGAAACAUCCUGGGUCAUAUACAAGUGCCACCAGCUAAUGGACCACAGAACUUGCUGAACGACACGCAAGAAAGUGUAGAGCAUGAAUGGGUGCGAUUCUCCAUUGGUGCUGGGGAUAGACAAGCACUACAGCCACCGCUCAGUGAUACGCUACCCGUCACCGGCUGCAAAGUGGCAGUCCUUACACAGCAACUGGGUAUCCGCAAUGUACUGUGUCUAUACAGUGCAGCCAUCACAGACAACAAGAUUCUAUUUCACUCCAAUAGCUACACACGGUUAACUGAAGCCUGCACUGCGUUGUUAUCCCUGCUGUUUCCUCUCAAAUAUAGUUAUGUGUAUAUACCAAUCCUUCCAGCAGCUCUUACUGAGGUUCUUAGUACACCCACUCCUUUCAUCAUGGGUGUUCACUCAUCAUUGAGAAAUGAAAUGGCAGAAUUGUUGGAUGUAAUCAUAGCGGAUCUUGACGGAGGUUGUAUCAGUAUCCCAGAAUGCAUCAGUCUGUUCUUGCCAAGAGAGGACAUCCUGCAAAGGUCUCAAGAUCAUCUCACAUUAGUACUCAAUCCAGAGUUGAAGCGAGCGGACCUAGCGUUCCCUUCCCCAGUGGAUUCCAACACCAAGGCUGAGAUAACAGAUAAGGAGAUCAGGGCCAUCUUCUUGAGGCUGCAAGCCGAGCUGCUGAUGGGGUACAGGUCUUGUUUAACAUUAAUCAGGAUACACCCUGAGCCUGUCAUCACAUUCAACAAGGGUUUGUUCAUGUUCCAACGGUCGUUGGUCGGUGAGGAAUUCUUAAGUAAAGUUCUGGAUAGCAUGAGUUUUGCCGGGUACGUCAAUGAGAAAGGUCCACCGUACAGGGUAUGCAAUAUAUUUGACAAGUUGGUGGCUAACAUUGCGGACACUGUGUCACAAGAGGAAGGUCAUCCAGAGAGGGCGCUCAAGAACAUCCGCGACGUCGGUGACUAUCUUUUCAUUAAUGAGAAUCCAAGUAAGUCAGCGUAUCUUGAGAAGAUACCACGACCAACAGAGGGCGCCCACACGCGCAUCAACCAGAUGCCCUUUCCUCAUCUUGACGAGACGCUGGUUGGGGACGUCAUUGAAGACGGACUUAAUAAAGCGAUCUUGCAGAGCUUGAACCAGAAAGCAAGCAAAGUGAGACACCAGAAAGCGCAGAAUGUACCGCUUGGAACCAAGAUCAGCCGAUAUGAAGAUCGUAUGAACGCCAUUAAUAAUAGCGCUAGGAGGUUAGAAGUCCUCAAGACUUGUAUUGGACAUAUAUUCGACAAUAGGAUCUUAGAUGCCAAGAAGCUGUUCCCUGCAGUACUACGGUCCUUGAAGAGUCGUAUUACCAGACUAGCCUUGGUCAGGCGGCUGGCUCUACAUGUGCAGGAAAACCGAGCUGUUCUAGAACAGCAGCAAUUCGACAUGGUUGUCAGACUCAUCAAUUGUGCAUUACAGGAGGAUUCAUCGAGUGAAGAGUACAGCCUCAGCAUGGCUAUGCUACCACUGAUAACCGCUUUCUGCAGAAAACUAUGCACUGGGGUGAUUCAGUUCGCCUAUAGCUGUACCCAGGACCACCCAGUAUGGGCUAGCCUUCGGUUCUGGGAGACGGCUUUUUAUCAAGAUGUGGAGAUCAAUAUCAGGCAGUUGUACAUUUCUGAGUGUGACACCAAGUGUGACUCAAAUGACACCUUCACUGAAUCACCGAGCAACUCGGCCAACGGAUUCAUCACGUCCAGUGAGCGCUCACCUCUCGAAAUCGCCGCCGAGCAACUCAGACUAUGGGGGACGCACAAUCGGGACGAACAGGACAAAAUGGUACAGAACGAGGAGAGCAUCGUCUAUAGUCAAGCAAUACAUUACGCUAAUCGCAUGGUGUGUAUGAGAGUUCCACUGGAUAUACAGAGGGGUCUGAAGAAUUCUAUUUUCAUGGAUGGCGAGAGUGGUAGCAGCAAAUUAAGUAGCAGUAGCGUCAGUGGCAGUGACAGUUACAAUGCAGAGAGCACAUUUGAAAGUGACAGUCAUGACGUGUCACACCAAGUAAUAAAGUUCAUCAGUCGGUUCGUAGACAAGGUUUGCACGGAGGCUGGAGUUGCAUCAGAGCACCUCAAGAACCUGCAUGCUAUGAUCCCAGGUAUGGUUGCAAUGCACAUAGAGACGCUAGAUGCUGUCAAUAGAGAGAGUAAAAGGCUACCUCCAAUCAAGAAGCCCAAGAUUCUCAAACCCACGUUACUACCAGGUGAGGAGAAAAUCAUGGAUGGUUUACGAGGAUACCUUCUACCAGAUGGGCGUGAGGACGGCAUCGGAGGGGUAAUGGGCGGGCCAGCUUACCUCCCAGCAGAAGGUGCAAUCUUCCUAACCUCAUACAGGGUUAUAUUCAAGGGUACUCCCAUUGAUAUUCAAGCAUGUGAGCAAGUGGUGACGAGGAGUUUUCCUGUCUCGGCGUUGUUCAAAGAGAAGAAAAUCACAGUAGGGGGCCUUGCUAACUCGUUACACCUCGAACAGUUCAUGCAAGAGGGACUGCAGCUCAGAUCGGUCACCUUCCAACUCCUUAAGAUAGCGUUUGAUGAGGAGGUAGGCGCUGAGAGAGUAGAGUUGUUCCGUAAGAUGUGUGGUCGGAUCCGCUACCCACAAAGUCUCUACCAAACCUUUGCAUUCCAUGGUUCCACUGUCUCCCCCUUGCUAUCCGUUCAGAUGAAGCAGAAGGAGAAGACCGCCACCUUGAGGAAACUUGCCACCAAGACGUUGGCAAGAGGGAAGAAAGUCGUCACUGGGGGCAGCCAUCACAAGACCAAGCUGCCCCCACGUAAGGAUCGCUACCUCUUGCCAGUCGAGCCCCUCGUCCCACAGCGACCACCAUCUGCGGCAACGCUGCAGCGACAGAUGAAUGCCGCGAGUUUGGAUAGCAUCACGGUGGACAGUCGACCAAACAGCGUCCUCUAUGAAGAAGAGGAUCUGUCAAAUUUGGGCUUUGAUGCCUCGCCACGAUGGGGACGUAGAUCUAGAAGUCAAGGCGGGUCGUUUCUCUCAGUUUCAGAUUAUGAGAUGGGAUCAAUGAGAGGCCGAACAAUGUCUCAACCUGCAGUUAUUGAGGAGAACGACGUCACAGCAACGCUGAAACCGAUCGAUGUUCUGACGACGGAUAAGCUUCAGAAGAAACUCUACGUUCAGGAUUAUCAACGUCUUGGCUUCAACAUCUCAUCAGGGAUGAUGAGACCCAAGCUGGGGGAAGCCUUCCGCAUCUCAGAGGUCAACAUACACUUUGAGGUCUCCAGAAGCUAUCCUUCUCUUGUAGUCGUUCCUUCAGCGUUAACUGACGACAGUAUCCGCAGGCUAGCCAAGUGUCACCGCCAGUACCGGUUCCCUGCCAUCACAUGGCGUCAUCCAGGCACCAAAGCACUGCUCUUGAGAUCUAGCGGGUUCCACGGCAAAGGCAUGAUGGGAAGGAUCAAGUCCGCUCCAAAUCCAAGCACAAGCGGGUCAUCCGAAACCAGCAGCAGUAAAAGCAUUGAGCAGGAUAAGUUCUUCACCGCCGUGGUGUUCAAUACACCGUGUGGUAGCUCCUACAAGUCCGACUCCCUCGUUAGCCUAAAUGCCAUCUUGCCUCCCUCCAUGACCCUGGAGCCUGACUCCACCCCUCAUAUGAAGAGAGGUCACUCUGGGACGUUGUUGCAGAGAGGUUUCCAUCGGUCGAGCGGCGGGAAGUCGGCACCGAAGCCAGGGCUGUUUGACAAGUCUUUAUCAACACUGAAGAGAGGAGCCACGCUGGGUAAAAUGAGCAGUUUCCGGUCCGGCGGUCCUGGUUUCAACUCAACCUCCAUGGCUAAGAACCUUACCCUUGCUCCGCAAUCAGUGAGCCGGAACGGAUCAGUGACGGACUACGACCUGGCGAGCAAGAAGGACCAAGACCCAAGGAAGGCAGCGCUUUACAUCUUUGGCGAGAAAUCUCAGUCGAGGGCCUUCAAAAUGGAGCAGUUCAACAAAUGCGACUUCAUUCCUUACGACUUCUAUGAGACGCGACACGUCAAGAAUAGCUUGAAGAAGUUGAUGAAGGCAUGCGUGCCAAGCAACCUGCUCACCGACCCAGAGUGUGGAUUCCAUAAACUGGUGGAAGACUCGGAGUGGAUGGCCCAGAUUCAAAGCAUAAUGCAGCUUGCUGGUGCAGCGGUUGACCUGAUGGACCUACAGGGGUCAUCUGUCAUGUUCAGCUUCGAGGAUGGAUGGGAUUUUACUACUCAGGUCGUCUCGUUAGCUCAGAUUUUGAUGGAUCCUUACUAUCGUACACUAGAGGGCUUUCAGAGCUUGAUCGAGAAGGAGUGGCUAGCGUUCGGUCACCGGUUUACCCACCGUAGCAACCAAACCGGUGCCCAUCAAGCCAGUGGCUUUGCGCCGGUUUUCUUGCAGUUUUUGGACAGUGUGCAUCAGGUACACUCCCAAUUCCCGCUAUCUUUUGAGUUCAACCAGUAUUUCUUGAAGAUGAUUGCAUACCACCACGUGUCGAAUCGCUUCCAGACCUUCAUGCUUGACUCGGAAUAUGAGCGAUUUGAAGCAGCUACCCAUGUCUUUGAGGACAAACUGACCUCGCAUCCUGGAGAGGGCCAAGAUGAUAAGGGACCCAUGAGAUCCUUCUGGGAAUACAUUAAUAAGAUCAAUAACAAGCAGCCUCUGUUUUACAAUCUUGCCUUCGCCCCUCACACCUCGGUUCUCAGGCCGUAUACCAACUUCUCCAGCUUAAGAAUCUGGGAUUAUUUCAGACAAGAAGACUUGGCAGGUGGACCGUCGUUUGAUCGGGAGCUUUUUGAGUUGGCCACAGCGGAAGACAAAGAGGUGCCACUCUUGCCAUCCGAUAGAAGGGUGAUCAAUAAUUGCUAUGACAACGCUACCCAAGCAGAGCCGGAUAUGCACAUGUGGCUUCUGGAGGAAAUGCUGCAGCUUGAGGGAGAUCUUGGUCGGACGCCCCAGCACUGGAAGACGAGGCUAGACCGAGCUCAGAAAAGCUUCCCCAGUAGAGUCAGGAUGAAGUCUCUCUCCGUUAAGAUCAAAGAGGCCCAGAUGCAGAGCAUUACGGCUCAUAAGAAAACCACCAUUGAUAUACUGGUCAAGGGCAAGAAUAUAAUUGAGCCGCAGCCCAAAGGUUUUGCAGCUCAUCAUCAUUUUGAAGCGCACAGCUACAUGACACCAACAGACUGUGACUACUGCUCACAGCUUUUAUUUGGUGCAGUCAAGCAGGGAUGUAAAGGUAUGAAGUGUUCAGAUUGUGGCUUCAACGCCCACGAGGACUGCGUGCCUAAGAUACCCAAGCAAUGUGUGCGCAAAGGAUCAACCAAAGAGCCAAGCACUGGACCAUCACGACCAACAUCAGACGAGGUUGUUACUGCAGGAACACCGGUUACACCAGCUGGAGUCUCAGGUUAUGACGAGUUCCAUGCUAAGAUUGGUGAAACAAGGUCACAUGAAGGCUAUCUAAACAAACGUGGAGCCAGACUGAAAGGAUGGAAGCAGCGGUGGUUUGUGCUGGAUGCUCAGAAACAUCAGUUGCGGUAUUACGAGACAAGAAACGACCCCCACUGUAAAGGUAUCAUUGACCUCAAAGAAGUGGAGUCAGUCCAGCCUGCAUUCCCCACGGCUGGAGCACCCAAGAAAUGCGACGAGAGUGCUUUCUUUGAUUUAAAAACAACAAGGAGAGCCUACAACUUUGUUGCAGACACGAAGCCAGCUGCAGAAGAAUGGAUAAGCCGAAUACAAGACUGUCUGUCAUGAUGAGCGCCCUCUAGUGUCCUUUGUUAAUUAGACCACUAGAGGGCGGUGUCACAGUUGCCCUCUGGAUUUGUAUAUUCUUAGUCAUUAUCUUUUUUAAUCUUUGUACGUGUUAAGAAAAUCAACUUCCCCGUUAAUUGAAGCUUUCGGUGAGAAAAUUGUUCCUUUGGUUUUCUGUCCAUCUGUGUACCUUUCAUAUAUUGGAGAAUUAAUGCAGCUUCUUGUUGUUGGGUUUUGUGACCACAGGGAGUUGUUUUGUGACCGCAAGGAAUUGUUUUCUUUCUGUUGGACAAGGUCAACUUAGGGCCUGAAUUGAUUUGUUUUGAAUCUAUUUUGACAUCUCUUGGUGUCCAACGCUGAUCGUGCUUAUUAAAAAAUACUUUUGUCUGGGCGCAUAAGUUGAAAAGGAAACCGCAAUAAUGUUCCUUGAAUUGUCUUAGAAUUUGUGCAUUCUUAAAGGUGACUUAGGAAAUUAGGGACAAUAA